AUGGCGGGGAGGUACGACCGCAACCCCUUCGACGAGGAUGACGUCAACCCCUUCGCGGGAGGAGGUGUACCUCCGGCUUCUAAUUCUCGGAUGCCACCUCUUCCUCACGAGCCUGCUGGAUUCUAUAAUGAUCGUGCUGCUACCGUGGACAUACCUCUUGGUUCAUCGAAGGACUUGAAGCAAAAGGAGAAAGAACUGCAGUCGAAGGAGGCUGAGCUUAACAAACGGGAAAGAGAACUUAAAAGAAGGGAAGAAGCUGCAGCUAGAGCUGGUAUUGUCAUUGAAACCAAAAACUGGCCACCAUUUAUGCCCAUCAUUCAUCAUGACAUUUCAAAUGAGAUACCAAUCCACCUACAAAGGAUGCAGUACCUUGCAUUUUGUUCAUUGUUGGGAUUGACGUUAUGCCUCUUUUGGAACAUCAUUGCAACUACCGCAGCAUGGAUUAAAGGGGCAGGUGUUGUCAUCUGGUUGCUAGCAAUCAUCUACUUCAUCUCUGGUGUCCCUGGGGCGUAUGUGUUAUGGUAUCGGCCGCUUUAUAAUGCAAUGAGGACUGAAAGCGCUCUGAAGUUUGGAUGGUUUUUUCUGCUGUACUUGAUCCAUAUAAUAUUCUGCAUCUGGUCAGCUGUGUCUCCCCCAUUUCCUUUCAAAGGAAAAUCUAUCGCUGGGUUUUUGCCUGCAAUUGACGUCAUAGGCAGUAAUGUUAUUGUGGGGAUAUUUUAUUUUGUUGGAUUCGGACUGUUCUGCCUUGAAGCACUGCUCAGCAUUGUGGUGAUCCAGCAAGUAUACAUGUACUUCCGUGGAAGUGGAAAGGCUGCGCAGAUGAGGCAAGAGGCAGCACGCGGUGCCAUGAGAUCGGCCUUCUGA